CUCUCACUUGAUUCUCUCUCAUUAUUGUGUCUCAAUUGCUUCCUUUUAUAAUUGUAGCAGUUUAAUUGUCAUUAUCUCUCAUUUUAUCCCUGCCUUCAUAUUGAAGCUUUUAGAUCAAUCGUUUUAACGACUCAAUUGUUUUCAAUUCAAUUUUAACAGUAACAUUUUUUUUCCUCUCUCGUUUUCUGUUUGUAUUUUUUUUUCUUUUUUAGAAAAUUGUUCUAUUCUACUGUGUGGAUUUUUGUUCUUUUCUGUGGUUUAUCCAGUUUCAAGACCUGUUUUUUUUCUUCCGCUUUUUUCUAAAGAUUGUUGUAAACUCGUAUCGCCAUUUUCUUCUUUUUACCCUCAAACCUUUGGCUCUAUUUGAGAGGAUUAGUUAUCUUGAUGGUUUACCUUCUAUUUUGGCUUACCUUUAAUCUCUCAUUUGGAAUCCAAUAAUCAUCAACCUGGUGACCACCAAUUAAUUCCUGUUGACCAGUUUUCUUUCUCUUUCUCUUUUCUUUUGUUUUUUUUUGUUAGUUUGUUUCUCUUUCAGCAUCUUUCCAACUGUACGUUUGUUCAUUCAAGGCCUGACUAUUUGAUUUCUGCUUCUUGGAAAGAAAAUUUAAAUAUGGAUCAAGGUCAUCACAUUUCUACCCGACCCGUGUCGUCAUUUUUUAUGAGUGAACCAGUCAACCCUUCACCUUUUGGAUCAUCUUCAUUGUCCACUGCAUCACCAUAUUCUUCCUUCUUUGGAUCAGCAUCUUCAAGCUCAAAAUCACAGACUAUUUCUUUUCCGUCUCAUUCUUCGUCACCAUUUGGCUCAUCUGCAUCAUCAUCAUUCUCUUCAUGUUCAUCCUUUCCUUCAUCUUCUUCAACAACUUCGUCAUCUUUCUUCUCAAAUGACCAAUCAUUUUCGAAUGGAUCAAAUUCAUUUUCUUCAGCACCCUUUUCCUCCGUAUCUCCAUUAAUAUCUCCCUUUGGCUCCAAUUCAGCCAAUUGUUCAGUUGCUGGAUUUGCAUCAUCAUCAUCAUCAUCAUCGUCUGGAGCAUCUUCAACUUCAUCAAACUCAUCGACAUCUCCAACAUCCUCAUCAACAACCCGCCUGAAACAUUGGAAAGGUCGAGAUCACGUUAAAGAUUCACCAGCCAAUAUGCUAAAAAAUAGACGAGAUGAAUUCGUGGCCAAAUUUCGUGGUAUUGAUCUUUCAGAUGAUUACGAGGGAGAAGAUCCUGGCGCUAAUGAUCCUGAAUGGUCAUGGGAUGCGAUGUGUAACCAACAAUGGGACCUCUCGAAAUCAGCGCCAAAAGAGACUAUUCCCUGGUAUGUUUUCGACGAUAGUUUAACUUGGGAUGAAUUCUUAGAACUAAGUGAAAGAGAUCGAAUCGCUUCCGGUAAAUGUAAACCACCACCAUCGCCCCCAAGAAAUGAGAUCAUGAAAGAUAUUGACGAUGAUUCAAUCGAUGAGAAAGAAGCUGAUCCUUGGCUUGUUAAAACCGAGAUUCUCAUUGAGCCCCUUAUAAACAUCAACGAUCCACAUACCAUGUUAUGCGCUUAUUGUAAACAAUAUGCCCUUCAAAAAACCGCGACCACUAAGCUAACCUGUUCAAAUUGUGACUAUUAUCAUACGAUUAAUCUUGGGGUCACAAUUAAUCUACUUAAACAACGGAUGCUUGAAUCUCUCAAUCAACAUAAGGCCAAUUGUUCAGCCAAUUUUUCCAGCUACACAGUCUCCUCAGGGGACAUUAUUCUUGUCUGUGAAACCUGUGAUAAAAUAUACAACAUCUUCAAAGACUAAUUAACCACCACAACCAUCAUUGAACAUAUCAUAUCAACAAUCAAUUUCAAGCUUCUUCUUGUACCAUUAAUUAUCUUCCGUUCCUCAUUCUCAUUUCCUGACACUUUUUCGUCUCAUUUUUUUUUUCUCAAUUCACUUUCAUCCCUUUUAUAUAUUUCGAUAUUAUUAUUAUUAUUAUUAUUAUUUAGAUCAAUUGACCAAUUCGCCAUCACCUUUAUCUCCCUCUCUCUCUCUUUCUCUACAUGUCCACUGAUAAUUUUUUUUCUACUUCUAAAAUCAACUAAUCAUCAUUAUCAUCACAUCUUCAUUCAAGUGUCUUAACAACUUAUUAUUAUUUAGCAAACAAACCAUAAAAAAAUGGUAGAAAUCUAAUCAACAAUUAUUUCGAUCAAUAAACUUUAAUUAAUUUAAAAAAAUAA